CCCUGUCCGGCUGUUGACCUUCGAGCCAUGCAGCCGGCUACUAUCGCCGGUGCCCGUGCCGCGGAGCUAGACGCUGGCGGCACCUAGAGCAUGUCCUCACUCGGGGGCCGAGCUCCCGAGGCAGGGGAGCAGCCGGGAGCUAGACUGCACUUGCGGGCGGCGGGAGGCGCGCUGCUGCUUUGCGGGCUGGCCGUGCUGCUGGGCUGGGUUUGGCUGCGGCGGCAGCGCGCUUGCGGCAUCCCUCCGGGACCCAAGCCUCGGCCACUCGUGGGUAACUUCGGGCACUUGCUAGUGCCGCGCUUCCUACGGCUGCAGUUCUGGCUGGGCUCGGGCAGCCAGACGGACGCGGUGGGCCAACACGUGUACCUGGCCAGGCUGGCCCGUGUCUAUGGCAACAUCUUCAGCUUCUUCAUCGGUCACCGUCUCGUGGUGGUCCUCAGCGACUUCCACAGCGUGCGCGAGGCGCUAGUGCAGCAGGCCGAAGUGUUCAGUGACCGCCCGCGGAUGCCGCUCAUCUCCAUCAUGACCAAGGAGAAGGGAAUCGUGUUUGCACACUACGGUCCAGUUUGGAAACAGCAGAGGAGAUUCUCCCAUUCGACACUUCGUCAUUUUGGUCUGGGAAAGCUUAGCCUGGAGCCCAAGAUUAUCGAAGAGUUCAAGUACGUGAAAGAAGCGAUGCAGAAGCAUGGAGAAGCUCCCUUCAGCCCCUUCCCAGUCAUCAGCAACGCUGUCUCCAACAUCAUCUGCUCCCUGUGCUUCGGCCAACGCUUCGAUUACACCAACAAGGAGUUUAAAAAGGUGCUGGACUUCAUGUCUCGAGGGUUAGAAAUCUGCUUGCACAGCCAGCUCUUCCUGAUCAACAUAUGCCCCUGGUUUUAUUACCUCCCCUUUGGGCCAUUUAAGGAACUAAGGCAGAUCGAAAGGGACAUAACCUGCUUCCUUAAAAACAUCAUCAAAGAGCACCAAGAGUCUCUGGAUGCCAGCAACCCUCAGGACUUCAUAGACAUGUACCUUCUGCACAUGGAGGAAGAGAAGAAAACCAGCAAGGGGAGCAGUUUCGAUGAGGAGUACCUGUUUUACAUCAUUGGGGACCUCUUCAUCGCUGGCACUGACACAACAACCAACUCUCUGCUCUGGUGCCUGCUGUACAUGUCACUGAACCCCGACGUGCAAAAAAAGGUUCAUGAAGAAAUUGAAAGGGUCAUCGGUUGUGACCGUGCACCGUCCCUGACGGACAAGGCCCAGAUGCCAUACACAGAAGCCACCAUCAUGGAGGUGCAGCGGCUAUCCAUGGUGGUACCACUUGCCAUUCCUCACAUGACCUCGGAGAAAACAGUCCUCCAGGGGUACACUAUUCCUAAAGGCACGGUGAUCCUACCCAACCUGUGGUCAAUCCACAGAGACCCAGCCAUCUGGGAGAAGCCAGAUGACUUCUGUCCUCAUCGAUUUCUGGAUAACCAAGGACAACUUUUGAAAAGAGAAACUUUUAUUCCUUUUGGGAUAGGGAAGCGGGUGUGUAUGGGAGAGCAGCUGGCAAAGAUGGAGUUAUUCCUGAUGUUUGUGAGCCUGAUGCAGAGUUUCACCUUUGCUUUACCGGAGGGUUCCAAGAAGCCCAUCAUGACUGGGAGAUUUGGUCUAACCUUGGCCCCACACCCUUUUAAUGUAACCGUCUCAAAGAGAUGAAGAAGCCCUGAGAAGAGAGGGGGGCCAGGCUCCACGUACUCAUCCCAGACAGUCUUCCUGUUGCUGGUGAGCAGUUCUGCACAGCCAGGAGAGGCUGGUGGUACCCACUGCCCACAGGGAAGCACAGACACUCGGCUUAGUGGUGUGGAGUCCAUCGAGAAGCAGAGCUUCUCAUCUCUCAGCCUCUGGUGUUGAAGUUUCUCUCAACUCUGAGGAGGACUGAAUGCUUCAUGACGUCUGUGCUGUGCGCAGAUGCCGGGCAGUUCAGCGGAUCUGCCUUCAGACCUUCCAAGGCCCCUGACAACGCGGAAGUGUCAACAUGGACACUUGGUCACAGAGGGAAGCAGGUCUAGGUUAUAUGGAGGUAGACCUUCUUUUCCUUUCUUUAGACAUUUUUUCUUUUGUAUUUUUUUUUUCUAGCAUAGGUUCAAUGUCAGUUUCUUUGGGCUGGUCUUAUGAGUAUUGUUUUUGUUUAGGGCUGUGCCCUUUUUUAUAGAGCUAGGAUGAAAUGUCCCCUUGCCCGGUAUGUUGAGAAACAGAAAAGCAUCCUCUUGAGGUUAUUGUCCAUCUGUGUGUCUGCUGUCUGUAGCCACAUGAGCGGGGAGCCUGGCUGCACAGCACAGGCCCGCCCUGCAUAGGUGAGUGCAGAACACCUGACUGCGGCCCUGGAUGCUCAGCUGGGGUGUGUAAUAAUGGAGUUGUGGAAUUGGUCCAGGAGGGAUUUCUCAAUCAAGUGAUUCAGAAGCCCCCUGGCCUGCUGUGCCAUCAGCCGUACUAUGACUGACUGACUCUUCAAGACAAGAAGCCAUUUCUUGGGGCCCUCUAAUGGCUCCUCCAAGGGCCACAUGGAAAUGUGGGAAUGCACUUAUCAUAAUGGUAAACUAUUGUCCUUUUACUGCUAGGAGUGAGGGGUGAUUGGGGGCAAAGCCAACCCACAGCCAACAACAGUGUGCAUCCAGAGUGCCUGUGUCCGGCCCCUCCCUCAGGUCUCCCCAAGAACUGUGAAGGAGCCAUGGUAAUGCUGAGCCCUUCUUAGAAAAGCUCUGUACUGAACGCUCUGUGUAUCUGUCAUCCCCACACGAAGGAGCAGAGGGUUUCCAGUGCUAAGGCCCAUAGUUAAAAAGUGCCAUCACUGGGUCUCUAAGCUACUUGUGGCUGGAAAGCAGUCUCUGAGCCCUCUCUCAGUAUUACCCCGCAUGGUCCUAAAGCUGGCCUCUGCUACCUGUGCCCCCCUCUUUGUCCCAGUUGAUUCCUUGGGCCAGGCUCCAUGCUGCUGCCUCCUUACCGUGCCUGAUUCUUGGUGGAUGCUCAGGCAACUUGGGAGUGAGUCAGAGAAAGCAAUUCAGGGGAAAAGCCUGCCCAUGGUUUAUUACAGUCAGUCCAGGAUAGUUUUAAAACACAGUAUAAUUUGUCCUACCUGAUUAGAUCAGUAUUUAAAGAUGUACUCGACUUUUGUUUAUCAUUUAAAGUAACCAUUUUAGGCAAAUUUAGGAUGAUGCCUCAGUUGCAUAAAUGAUACAGAAUGAAAGCUUCCAGCAGCUUCCCACUGGCUGCAUCCACAGGUCGCUUGCUGGGGUACCCAGGCUGACUCGGAAAUGCUUACUGAGGGAAAAUAACAGCUGCUGAAUAAAAACCUAGUGUAAGUAAAAAGGAAAAUGUGGAAUAUCAUAUAACCAGGUGUUGGUUAAUUUUUGAGUCCAUAUUCUUUAUAUUAUCCAUCACUCUGUUUUCCUUUUCAUAAAUUAUAAUUACUUUCAAAAUAGAUGAAUGGGGUACAGGCUGAUCUUCAGGUUCCCUGAACACUGUUUAGGCCAGCACACUAAAGCAGAGGGACUGAGGAUGUUCACAUUUGAUAAGGUGUGCAAUGGGUAACAACGCUCGCUGAGCAUGUCGGUUGUCCUCAUCUGACCUCCACGUUUGCAGGCCCCUUCCUCCUUACUCGCACAUGGAUUUCUGGACCUCCUAACCAAAGAUUUCACAACAUACUUGAAAAGGAUUUCUGCCUUCUCUGAAGUGGCAUCAGAAUCCCACGAUUAUCCAGCAGUUUAACACCGUGCCUCAAGCUGUACCGCUGUGAAAACCCCUUUACUAACACUGCGUCAGGGGGAGCGCGCUCUUCUGAACCUACUGCUAUUUGACAGUUUUGCACUUCACAAUUCAUCUGAAAUGUGAAAUUAACUAUAGUCGGUUUUCCAAUAACGAGGUCUGGACCUCAUCUGUAAUGGAGCUCUUGGUGAUCCUAUUAAACCUCUUAUUUUAGUGAAAA